AUGCGAUGCGCGAGCAAGGCCGCCGAGAGCGCGUCUGCACGUCUCUGUGCGGACGCCGAAGCAGAAACCGCAGCAACUGAUGUGUUAUUGGUUGCUAAAACGUCUCAGUCUGUGUCACCUGGUGAUGCAGGCGCUCUUCAUGAAGACACUCAUAUCUUCACAGAGUAUGAGCUCGGUGUCUCAUACUCUCCUGAUACGGAAGACGGAUCCGUAUCGACGGCGAUCGAAUCCAAGCCACCUGCCAAGCGUGGCAUGGAUGAUGCUACGCGUCGUAGCAUCUUUGGUUCGUCUGAUGAAUCAGAUGAAACAUCGCCAAAGCGAAGGCGCUCGAGUUUGCAAGACUCGGGCGCUCACAGUGAUGUCGGUUCUCCUAUUGACACCACUUCGCAGCGAGGUACCAGUCCUUCUGUCGGCACGUCGCAGGAAGAGCGGGACCGCAACGUGUUGCGUCUCGCUCCCGAAAAGAAGGCAUGGCUGCCUCCAAAGUCAGUCAUGGAUCUCUUGUCGGCGACGACGAGUGAUCGUUAUCGAACACGAUUGUUCGAUUCAUCAAGGAUCCAUCACCUUGACCCCAGCGCGAAAAACUAUCGCGCUGAGAAUGAAUUCUUCAUCGAUGCAUUCUUUAAACAUCGAUGGUACAGUGGGAAUCACAAACGUGAUGGUACCUCACUACUUCAGGCGUGGAACGCCUACAUCCAUAACCUUGAGGAUGUAGGUCGUGACGUUUGGCAUGACAAACUUAUCAAAGCUCGUGAUAAGUUUGAGAAGAGAACCCCGACAGGUGCACGCUACAAGCUGCAUCGUCUGUCUAGGAAGAACUUCUCCGGCGGUCCCUCUACGGCACGGGAUGUGCCGUGUCGUACUGCUCGACCAGACUCAGUACGUCAAUCAUCAGUUGGGAGCGGGACUCCCAAGUAUCACAGGACGGGGGAUAGCCGCGCCACCGGACGAGAUAACUCGUCCGACGUCCGUUCACGUAGCGGUGGUUCAACAGCCGCUCAAUCAGAUAGCGCUGGCCACCGUGAGAGUCCUCCAAAGAAGGUGGAGGAGGAGGGAAGAUGCUCUACAAACUAUCAUGGGAAAGCGUGUGUCCUUGAGAGCCUCUUGGAUCGCGUAACUAUUGCGUUACGCGGCGACCUCGAACAUGAGCGGGACAGGCGUCUUCAACUGGCGGACACUGUCUUGAAGCAUCGAGCUGAGUUUGCCUUUGCUCAGCUUGAGAACGAGAGAGCUCUGACAUCUCUGCGUGACGAACUAAGGGUAGCUCGUGUGGAUAUUGACCGGUCUCGGGCUGAGAUAACUGCUCUUCAGACCCUUUUCGAUAUCCACCAUCGGGUGCACAAAGCCAUCUGUGAGAUGCUUGAACGCAAGGGCGUUCUUCAUCGGAAGAAGCAGCUUACUGAUGGUACGACUUAA